AGGUCAAAUUGGACGCUAUUAGACGCCAACGUAGAGAAGUCGAGGAGGAAGUUCUAUUUGCAGAAAAUGGCGGACGGCGUUGAUAUUGAUUUGUACGCCGACGAUUUGGAACAAGAUUUCGCUCAAGAAGACUUUGGUGGUGAUGGAGUGGACUUGUAUGAUGAUGUGAUUGCUGCUCCACCUGGGGGUGGCAGUGGCGGUGGUGGGGAAAGCAACACAUCUUCUCGUAGUGAAAAUGCCACCAACAAUGAUUCAAGCUCUGGUGCCAAUCACAGUGGUGGCUCUUUCCAUCACAUGGGCAACAAUGUCAAUGCCAGCAUGGGGGGAAGCCGUUACAGGCUUUAUGUGGGAAAUCUCACUUGGUGGACAACAGACCAAGAUAUAACUGAUGCUGUAAUCGCUAUAGGCGUUAACGAUUUCAUUGAGGUAAAGUUCUUUGAGAAUCGUGCUAAUGGCCAGUCCAAGGGGUUUUGUGUGAUCACACUUGGUUCGGAGCAGAGCAUGCGCAUGUGUAUGGACAGAUUACCGAAGAAGGAGCUUCAUGGUCAGUGUCCAAUAGUGACUUACCCCAGCAAGCAAGCCCUCAACCAGUUUGAGUCACAAUCAAAAACAAGGCCAGUACCUCCACCUCAGCAGCAGAAUCAACGUCAGCAACCCCAUCCCAAUCAUGGGCCCCCACCACCACGUAUGAUGAUGGGUCCCCCACAGAUGAGAGGCCGAAUGCCCCCUCCCGGUAUGCCUGGAGGUCCCCCCGGAGGUCCUCGCAUGCCUGGUCCUCACAUGGGUGGACCUCACCAUGGCCCUCCUGGACCACCACCUAAUCACCAGGGUCCACCGGGUUUCCAACACAACAAUUGGAAUGCUCCAAGACAGAGUGGUCCACCAAGGCCUCCGGGCCCACCCCCAGGCCCACCACAACAGAGACCCGGCCCCGGCGGACCACCCCCCGGCAUGCCGUUCCAAGGCCCACCACCAGGUCAGGGUCCACCAAGAGGACCACCUCCUGGUGCCCCCGGUAUCGGACCUGGAGGACCUCCGCCUGAUCAGCGUGGUCCGCCUCCUCGUCCUGACUGGAACCGUCCUCCUGGAAUGCAGCACGUUCCGCCCCCUGGUGCCCCUGGGUUCAACCCCCACCAGAACAUGCAAGGGCCACCACCUGGGCAGCCCCCUCGUGGCCCCCCACCUCCGGCUCAGAUGGGUGGCAUGCCACCUCCUGGACACGGGCCACCACCCCCCGGACCUCAAGGUCCCCCAGCCCCACAUGUGAACCCUGCCUUCUUCCAACAGCAGGGUGGACCUCCACCUCACCAGGCCCAUCCUCAGCCUGGUCCUCCUCCACCAGGCCCCCCUCACGGACCUCCAGGCCACGGGCCUCCUCAUGGCUAUGGACCACCACCCACAUCCAGACCACAGUACGGAGGCCCGCCACCUGUAGAACACAGGCCUGAGCCACCUACCAUCAGUGAUGUGGAGUUCGAGGAGAUCAUGGGCAGGAACCGUACUGUAUCAAGCUCAGCGAUCGCAAGGGCAGUCUCUGAUGCUGCUGCAGGAGAGUAUGCCAGUGCUAUAGAGACGCUGGUGACUGCGAUAUCUCUCAUAAAGCAGUCUAAAGUGGCCAAUGAUGACCGUUGCAAGAUUCUCAUCAGUUCCCUGCAAGAUACUCUGCACGGUGUGGAGACAAAGAGCUAUGGAUCAUCUCGCAGAGAGAGGUCCAGAUCUCGAGAACGUGAUCGGAGCCAUCGCCGCUCCAGGCGAGAACGUUCCCGCUCUCGUGAACACGAUUACCGAGAGAGGAGCCGGGAGCGUGACAGGGAUCGAGAUAGGGAAAGAGAACGUGAACGUGAGAAAGACAGAUACUAUGCUGAGACAUAUGGAAGAGAAAGAUCACGUAGUCGAGACAGGGAGCGAGAAUAUCGUGGCCACAGUCGGGAAGACAGGUACAAUUCCGACAGUACUACCAGAAGAGUGCGUGUGAAGUCUCCUGAACCGGUUGAUGCAGCUUCUGUUGUCAGCUCAAAAUCCAGAAGUUACUAUGACGAUCGGUACCGGGAGAGGGACCGUGACAGGGAACGUGAGCGAGAACGAGAAAGGGAGCGAGAGAGGGAGCCAUCCCGCAGGGACCCAGAACGGGAGAGAGAAAGGGAAAGAGAACGGGAAAGGAGAGAGGAACGAGCAGAAUCCUCUCACAGGACUUCCCGCCACUAAGGAUGUGGGCAUGCACGACUGAUUGUGUAGUCUAUCAGAAUGUUCACGUUAUUCUGCAAGUUUAUAUCUACAUUGGUUAAUGUAAUCAAUUCUUGUGAAAGAGGAUAUUUGUAACCUAGAGUUAGACUUCAUUCCCUUUGACCUCAAUUCAGUUUUUAACUUCGUAAGUGAUGUUAGAAGUUGAUCUUAUAUUAAGUUAGAUACAAUUUAAGUUGACAUGGAUAGUUUCUUGUGUAGAAUUGGAAGUUAUGAUUUCUCGCUUUUUGUUGUCUACCACAUGAGCAAUCAUCCAUAUUUUCUCAGUGUAACCUAGUACAGAGGGGACAGCAUUAUGGCUGUUAUUUUAUUUAUUUUAUAUUAUUUUAGAGAAAAGUAAGGGUGACUACAGAUAAAAAUGUAAUACUCUAUUCAAUUCAUAUAUCGGGCAUAUUGUUCAAUACUUCUAGCAUUGUUCUUUUAUAGCCAUCUUAUAUUUGGUGAAUCUUCCAAACAAUAAAGUCAUUUUGUUCUAUCACUAGAUUGCAAGUUUAGCUUUAAAUUGUACAAUUUAUUGGUUAUAAGAUAUCCAAACUUCAUUUUAUGUACCUAAGAGUAAAUGUAAUGCUUUGUAAAAAUAAACAACAUUUCAAGGUUUAA